AUGACAACAGAGCCCAAAGACCUGCUCCUUCUUGUCUGGGUCCACGGAUUCAAGGGUAAUGACGUGACCUUUGAAUCUUUUCCAGACAGGAUAUGCCACCUCUUGCGGACUACCCACGAGUCAUUGAGGGUGGAAUCUCGAGUGUUUCCCAUGUAUCAGACGCGGGGAGAGCUGCACGCAGCUACAUUGGCUUUUGUUGACUGGUUGACGGAGCUAGUAGUCCAUUUAGAGAACGACCAUGGCCAAGGUGGAGGGGCCGGGAAGGCCAAGAUAGUACUCAUGGGUCAUUCCAUGGGAGGUCUGUUAUGUGCCGACACGGUACGGGAUAUUGCGCGGAAUACCAGAGAGGACGAUCCUAUGUGGCCGAAAGUGGUCGGCAUUCUGGCAUUCGACACGCCAUAUCUAGGGUUGCACCCUCACACAUUUAAACAUCAUAUUUCCCAGGCAGCCACAUACUUUGACCACGCCCGAAGCAUAGCUUCGGCCGCGACCAUGCUAUCUCCCGUGGCUUCUAGCCUCGGCUGGAACAUGUUUGGCAAAAAGUCUGAUGCCUCAGCCGACUCUUCGAAUGCGCAAGCUUCUUCCAGCAAGGGCAAAAGUCGAUCUACAACAGUCACUGAAACCUCCGAGCAGUCUGCUGAAAAGUCUGCCGCCUCCAACACGUUUUGGUCCGGUCUAUCUCAAGUGUCUUCUGGCAAAUCAAUGUACGGUCUUGGAGCAGCUGCUCUGGGUGCGGCGGCAAUGGGAGCAGCGUACUAUCGCCGUGAAGAUUUUGUGACGGGGUGGAAAUGGGGGUACGAGCAUAUGACUUUUGUCAAAAACCUUUGGGAUUCCGAGGGGAUGACGACCAGGCUGGAAGCAGUUGAUGGAUUGAUCAAGGAGAGAGGGCUGUUGUUUAGCAAUUACUACUCGCAUCUGCCGCCAAAUCCUCCCGACCAUCUCGUCGCCCGCACUUUUUCAAUACUUCCCCCAACAAACCACCCUCUUUACCCUUACUUUCGCCCAGCCUCAAACACACUCGCAAAAGAUGAAGUCUCGGCGCACAUGGGCAUGUUUAAUCCCAAGACGAAUGAUGGGUUCUAUGACCUCGGGCUGGCGGUAGUGAAAGAGAUUGGGGAGCGGAUAGAAAAAGAAGGCGUUGGGAGAAAGGAGGGUAUAGUCGAAGAAGAGCUGGGGGCGGGUGAAGAAAGAAAGGCGACAGGAGAGACAGAUGACCAGAAGGAUGAAGGGAUCUGGAGAGUGGAGAGGGACGAGAAUGGCAAUGAAGUCUGGGUAGAAACCUGA